UGUCAACACGAUCAGCCAUAUCUGCACAAACUGAAUGACAAGCUGUGGGCUAAAGCGGUCAAUGCCUUUACGCUACAUCACUCUUAAAACAGACAGAAAGUCCUAACACUUUUAAAAGUUCGACAGUUUACAUCCUGUAGCUACACCUAUAAAACAUGCAACAGUGGCAGAUACAAAAGUUUUGAACGAUGGACACAGACGCUCCGUGUUGAUCUACCGUCCCUGACGUAAAACUUCCUUUCUGCAGUAUUUUCCUGCAUAAAUUUAACUAUCGUACUUUCAUAAAUUUUUAUGUAGGUUUAAUAAAUGGAGCUUUAUCGAAAAAUACCUAAAUGAACAAUGUUGAUGAAAAAUACUGCAACCAACAUAACUUUUAAAUGUACCAUUGCACGAUACAACAAUUAUCUCGCAGCAUGGUGCAUAAAAUUACGCACUCAAAAGACCAUAUUGUGUUGCAAGCAAAGUAUCCAGUCUUUAGAGAGCCAAUGAUGAAAGAAUAAAUAAUAUUUAGUUGCUGUUAUGGACUCUGCAGCGAAAGAAAAUAGUGGAAGGAGGCAAAUAAAUGCUUGGAAAGAGUGUAAACUCUCAGACGCAAUUUCGGAGCUAGUCAAGUUCCCGCGAUUCGGAGGGAAGCUUCUCCCCCCUCUUUUGACCGCAGAAUGAUUCUAGUGUCCGAAAUUCUUGGGAGAGAAAGCUAACUUGAAGUACGGUCUCGUUAUACAUACCAGUUCCGAAAUCUGAUGAAAGCAUUUCGUAAAUGAAAGAUGGCAGGCACACAGGCAAAAACGGGUGAAAGAGCUUCAAAGGUGAAAUGGGAGCCAGCGAAACCUUUAAGGAGACCAGACUUCAUUCAGUCCUCUGAAUUUGGGCACCGAAAGCACUUCUAUCCAACAUAUGAGCAGGAUCCAGUUGAUAUGUUUUAUCUUAUUGGUAUGGAAUAUCAACGAAUAUGGGCUAGAGAAAGGACUGCAUGGGAAGAGCAAUACUAUCCCAUACCCACAGAACGUAAAGUAUUAAAAAUCAGAGCAGUAAAGAAACCAAAGACUGCAGCAAAAAAAGCUCAGCCUGCCCCAUUUAAGAUGAAGAAGUUUCAGAAUAUACCUGCAAGGACAGAUCACCAAAGACCUCCAAAGAUUGCACAGGCAGAGCAGAGAGGAGAUGCAUUGAAACCUUGUACUUGUGACCCAGAUAAACUCAAGCAGGGUGACCAGAAUGCAGUUUCUAAAGCACUUACACCCAAACUUACUGCAAGAGAAAAAGAUGAUGAAACACAAACAGAUACAGAAAAUGAAAAAAAGUUGGAAUCUGCUAGUUGUCAUUCCGAUCUUCAGAAGCCACAUGACCACAGUUCAGAUUGCAAGUCACAUAAAUCUCACAAUUCUAAAGAUGAAUGUUCACAUACACACAUGAAAGGAGAAGAAGCAAAGGAUUCUGUUUGUUGUUGUGACAUGCAGAACGAAGACGCUCAGGAACCAGUUGGUAAUUGACAGGAAAUGGCACAAGUAAAAGUAUAAAAGUGACUAAGAUUGUCCUGUAAAAGUAUGAAAAUAAUAAUAAAUUCUGUUGAAAAAGAAAUUAAAAAUCAGGAAAUUUUUGCGUGUUGCAGAGUAUGAUGUGUACAUAUUUCAGUAUCUUUUUCUUUCAGCUGUAAACAGCAUUUGUAAACUUCAAGGAUCUAUAUUGUGUUGUGCUCGGAUGCCACAUUUAGACCUUUAAUCAUACUACUACAAGUUUUGUGUGACUUUAUAUUUGAUUGGCGGCAUAACAUGUAUCUAUCAAGGCAUUAUAUAAACUUCAAGAGCAUGCAAACUAGGACCAAGUUCUUAAAUUUAAUAAGAAUUUUUCAGAAAUCUCAAUAAAUUAAACAUUUAGGAAUAAUGAAGACAGUGCAUCAGCUCAUACAGUAGACGAAAAUACAUAACAGCAAUUUGAUUUUACCACUGUGGGUGAAAACCAGAGAUGUCCUAAGAGCUGUUUACAUCAGCCUCUGUUUAAAUUGUCCAAAUAGCCAUUUAUGCUUCAUCUACAUCCAGUCUCUAGAAGAAUUAAUAAUACAUUACAAAGCUAAACAAAGACAUACUUCUCUUUAGAUAAUUUUUAGUGCAGUUUUUCAAUGUCCACAUUGUAACGUUCAACAGAAACACAAUCUAGGCAUGCAAAAAUUAUCAGAUUUUCUUACAUACUUUAAUUAGACUUCUGUACUUGUAUGUCAAACAGAGCACACUUGCAGCAAAACGCUGUUUUUCUUUAGUGUAUUAAAGUUACACCAUCAGCGGCCACAACCAUCAUGUGGCUUAAAGGUGAACAACCUGCAAUUCCUCAGACAACCAAAACUACAGUUGAGCUGCAUUCAUUAUAAUUUAAAACACCAAAUUAAUGUGAUAAAUAUACAUUUAAAUUGAAUUGUAUCAAAUGUCCUCACUGUAAAUUAAAUGAUGAAACCAUUAAUUGUC